GCGGCUCUGUUUCGUUGCGGGGGAGCCCCACCGGCCCACGGCGCGGGAUCACCGCCGCCACAGAAACCUCCAUAGAGAUCUCCGAGCAGCCGUCCUCCGCCACAACUUUCGCCAUGGUGGCGCCCUAGCCCCGCGCUUCUUAUCCCGCCCCACCUAUGGCUGCUGCUGCUGCCGCUGCCGCCGCCACACUCCUCCCAUGGCUCUCCUCGCGCUCCGCCUCGGCCACCACCACCACCACCUCGGCCUCUCCGCCCCGCGCGACCCCCGCCUCCUCCUCCGCCGGAGGCUCGUGGUCGCCAGCUCCGGUGCCGUGAAGGCCCCCGCGGCCGCGGCGGUCGUGUGGUUCAAGCAUGACCUCCGCGUCGACGACCACCCGGGCCUCGCCGCCGCGGUGGCUGCCGAGCCGCGCCGGCCCGUCCUGCCGCUCUACGUCUUCGACCGCCGCAUCCUCGACGGUUACUCAGACACGAUGCUGGAACUGCUACUUUUUGCUUUGGAAGAUCUUAAGAUGGUUUUGAAGUCUCAGGAGUCUGAUCUUCUCAUAGGCUUGGGAAAUGCUGAAGAUGUUGUUCUCAAGCUUGUAAAUGAGGUCACUAUGCAAGGUACAAGCGGGCCUCAUUUUCACAGAAGAGGAAGUUGAGUACAGAGUGCGCAAUGUUCUGGCCAGUGUUGAAUCAUCUCUCUCUAAUGCAUCAUUCCUAUCGGGAAACCCUCCUGAGAUAGUGGUUUGGAGUGCCUCAUUGUAUGACUACAAGAAUCCGAGGGAAUUGUCAACAUCACACAACCAAUUUUUGAAGGAAAAAUUACCGAUGAACACACCUCUUGCUGCCCCGUCUUUACCUGCUCUGAACAUAGAGAUAGAGACAGGUUCUCUCCCCACACUGGAAGAACUAAAAGGGUUUCUUAAAGAGAGUAGAACGUCAGAGAAUAAUUGGGUUCCUCUCAAGGGCACAUCAGCCAGAUCUAUUCUUAAAAAGACUCUCAGCCAGAUAAAUGUCAAAACCGGUGUUGCAUCAAGUGGCAGCGAUGGAGGAGAGGAUACCACUGCAUAUUAUGCUAUGUCAGGGAGGAAGAUCCAAAAUUCAAUGUUCACAUCAGAAAGCUCAACAGAAGUUAGAGGUGGAACGGAAAUCACUUUGGAUGCUUUAGCUGCAUACCUGAAAUACCUAGAAGGAACAGGGAAGGCUAGUUGGCAAGAGUUGCAUGAUAAAGUACGGUUAACUGAAACUAGAGAUGGUGCCUCGUUUUGCACUUUGUUUGGUCCUGCACUUCAGCUUGGAGUUAUAUCCAAGAGGAGAGUUUACCAUGAAACUAUUCAGUAUGAGAGAGACCGGAAUGCUGGAUUUAUAUCACCAUUUGGAUACUCAACACCUACAGUGACAGCAGCAGUAGAUGCUAUCUGUUCAAUGGAGUGGUAUUGGCUCUUGGCCUUGAAAUCCCAAGUAUGCAUUGAAGGAAAUUACCCUGUCAGAAUCUGGAGAUGGAAAGGUCAUCUUAUACAGUAUACCUCUGUUGGUCAUGAGGGUCCUUCGGUUCUUCUUGUGCAUGGAUUUGGAGCUUCCCUACAGCAUUUUCGUGAUAAUAUAGGUGCCAUUGCUGAUCAGGGAUGCCAAGUUUGGGCAAUUACCCUUCUUGGCUUCGGGAAAUCAGAGAAACCAAAUAUCAACUAUUCAGAACUUUUAUGGUCGGAAUUACUGAGAGACUUCAUUGUUGAUGUUGUGAAGGAGCCUGUUCAUCUUGUUGGUAACUCAAUCGGAGGUUAUAUCUGUUCUAUUACUGCCAGCUUAUGGCCUUCUCUUGCAAGGUCUCUGAUCCUUUUGAAUACAGCUGGUUCAGUUGUGCCAAGUUACUCUUUUAUUCCAUUAAGUGAAGAAGGACGGACUUCAUGGCUUUCCAGUUUGCAGGCACGCCUCCUUCUGCUCUUCUUGAGGUCAAGAGCAGGAGGCAUUCUUAAGGAAUACUAUCCUACAAGAACUGAACGGGUUGACAAGCCACUUGUGGAUGAGAUAAUAAGAGCUUCAUAUGAUCCUGGCGCAGCAACCGUUAUUGAGAGCAUAUUCAGUUUCAAUCUUUCCAUUCCUCUCAACUUUUUAUUUGAUUCUUUUGGUGGAAAAAUCUUAAUUGUUCAGGGAAUGAAAGAUCCACUUACAAAAUCCAAGUCAUUUGUUUCCAUGCUUAGGGAGCAUUGCAGCAAGGUCCAUAUUAGAGAGCUAGAUGCAGGUCAUGCUCCACAUGAUGAAGUUCCUGAUGAAGUGAACUCCUUGCUGUGCGAAUGGAUCAAAGAGACUGGCGCUUAGCCAGCAAUGGAGUUCCAUCCUACUUAGAUGUCUGGUAACCUUAUCCAUUAACUGACUUCUCGAUUAUACUAACUUGAUCGUUGGAAGCAUUUUUUUCUAAGAACUUGAUCCCAAUGUGCCCGUUGACACUUCUGUACUUUUUUUGCUUCAUGUCUUAGGUGGCAAAAAGGAGAUGAAUAUUGAACACUGUACAGAAUUGUAUGUGUAGAUUACUUAUUUACUCUUAAUCUUCAUAUCAUUUUCUGGAAUUUCAAAAUGAAAUGCAAUAUAUGUUGAAUGAAAGGAAAAACAGCAUCGAGCAGGUUUGAUAGCAAGUCGGCACAAGAAGAUGAGAUGCAAUUCGCACUCCUGAUGAACUUUCUGGUGGUUCUUAAAGCUGUUUUUGUUUAUGGACCUAGCUCAAAAUCAACCUUGAACCCUACAUUACAAGAGUUGUCUAAAUCUAAUCAUACAAACUUUUGACCCCAUCGUGCAAGUAAUGUCUAAUCGUGCCACAUUUGUACUCUCUUGUAGUCUUGUUUUAUAUGGCUCGACAUAGAUAGAAGUACAAAAUGAACUAAUAUUUCAUGCCAA